AUGGCUAUGCUAGUUCUACUUCCAGAUACCGUCACUGGGCUGCUUAAAAUGGAGAAACAUUUAUACGCCCAAAGAUUGAACCAAUGUAUCAAAGAUGUUUCUUCGGCAACUGUUAUAGUUUUCGUUCCGAAAGUCAAGCUUGAGAGCUCAUUCCAGCUUUCAGAUACAUUAUCUGCUCUAGGAAUUUCUGACGUGUUCUGUUCAAACAAAGCUGACCUCUCUAGAAUGGGAAAGGAUUUGUUUGUUUCUGAAGUGUUUCACAAGUCUUCUGUGGAUGUCAACGAAGAAGAUGUCAAAUAUGUGGACUUCGUAUCCAACCCAGAGGGAAGCAGAAAAGAAAUAAGCAAAUGGGUAGAAGAAGUCACAAAUGAUAAGAUCAAAAACCUUCUGCCUAGAUGAUCUAUUGAUGAACUCAUAAGAAUGGUAGUAGCAAAUGCCAUCUAUUUCAAAGGAAGCUGGGCAACACAGUUUGAGCCAAAAAAUUCACAAGAAACGGAUUUUCAAACAUUGGACGGAAAAUCGUUGAAGAUAGACAUGAUGAGACGAGAAAUGAAGAAAUUAAGAUAUGGCGAGAACAAAGCUUUGGAUUGCAAGUACAUACAUCUGCCUUACACUGGGGAUGAAAUGGCUAUGGUAGUUCUACUACCAAAUACCGUCACUGGGUUGCUGAAAAUGGAGAAAAAGAUAGACGUCCAAAAAUUGAACCAAUUUUCCGUUCCAAAAGUCAAGCUUGAGAGUUCAUUCCAGCUUUCAGAUACAUUAUCUGCUCUAGGAAUUUCUGACGUGUUCAAUAGAGAAAAAGCUGUCCUCUCUGGAAUGGGGAAGGAAUGGUGUGUUUCUAAGGUGUUGCACAAGGCGCUUGUGGAUGUCAACGAAGAAGGUACAGAGGCUGCAGCUGCAACUGCUGCAAUAAUAAGGUUCAGGCUGAGCAUGCCAGCUUCUCCACGGACGUUUACGGCUGAUCACCCGUUCAUGUUUAUGAUCUGGCACUACCCGCUUAAUUCUUCACUGUUCAUUGGUCGUUUUACUGGACCAACAUCUGAAACUGCCAAGACACGAGAUGAACUCUAG